AAGAGACGGCUGCACGCUCGGCGCGUUCUAGUAAAAUAACGUCACGCACGUCUGAUCGCCGUUUUAAAAUGUUUGCAGCUUUCUUAACACUCUGAGGACUGUCGCUGUAGUGUAGCGUGACAGUCGCGACGUCUGCGAGUGGACGAGGGCAAUUUUUCCUGCUCGUCUCUCCACCCCCCGCCUUUCUAUGAGCUCCAAAUCUUGGUAGGGAUUGCUGACAGCGGCGAUUGAAUUAGCGCUGCGGGACUGAAAGAGGCGGCAGUACAGCGUUAACCGCUGGGUAGCGGGUUUGCCAGUAUAUUCAAAGAGACGCGCUGGCUCUUGUCUUCUUGAGUGACAGGCUCGCAGAUGUUAUGGUAUGCUACGAAAUUAUACAGUUAAUUCAUUUGGGUCUUGCCACAAUUCUCAUGGAGAACGUGAGCAUCAGUGUGUAUUUGCACGUCAUUUGAUGGGCUGGCACGCUGUCCAUGGCUGUUUCCAACUUUAAUGUCCAGAACUGCCAUCAUAAACUCCACCUACACCCAAAACCUUUCCAUCGAGACCCUGGAUUAAUAUAAAUCUGGAAAUGUUAUGUCAGAGUACACCCGGCUGCAGACUCCAAAGUCCAUGACAGUUCUGUGGUUAGGACGCAGCCAGUAAAUGAAAAGGAAGUACACAUAACAAGGCAACCUACAAAGACCUAACACACAUGCCGUAAGAUCAAGAAACUUCUCAUACCGAUUCCAAGACCUGUCCUCUCAAGUCGUUGCCCUGUGUCAGGAAGAUUGAAUGCACACUAACAGCCCCCGGGAAAGAACCAACAGAUUGCAUAUCAGCAAGAUAAUAGAAACCUACAGAUUAGAAAUUGUCAAGAUCUACUACCUUUGUCCUACUUCAAAAUUUAUUAGCUGAUAACUGGCUGGGUUGAACACAAAGGAAAAGACAGGAUUCUUACUUUCCCCGUUUCUUCAUCUAAAAGAAAUCAGUGGAGCAGAUUAAUACAGACUUGUGUCUGGUGGUCCUUUUCCCUUUUUUAUUUUGCACAAAGGCUGUCUUCAAAGAAAGCACUGCAUUUAAUGAGCUGUGAGAUGAGGCCUUGCUGCUAACAAUCAGAGGACAGCGAAUUCAUCAUCCAUUCAUCGGGCUUGAUGUAUAUGUUUCUAUCCAGCACUCUCAGGGGAGCCUACCACGGAAUUCAAAACGGCUGCUGGGGAAAGACCAUCAGACAUGCCUACAGAAACACUACAGACAGAUAGCAUGGUCAAACCCACAGGUCAGACCACUACCUUUGCAUCGGCUGUCCCACUACGGAUACUAAACAAAGGGCCAGACUAUUUCCGUCGGCAGGCAGAACCCAAUCCUAAAAGACUGAGCGCAGUGGAGAGACUGGAAGCAGACAAGGCUAAAUACGUGAAGAGUCAAGAGGUGAUUAAUGCAAAGCAGGAACCCGUGAAACCCGCUGUCUUGGCCAAGCCACCAGUUUGUCAGGCGACAAAACGAGCAGGGAGCAGCCCAUCCUUGAAGGCCUCAAACAACAACUCCAAGAGUGAUAGUAGUCUUAAAAGAGAGAAUUUAAACCUAGAAAUUCUGAAAAAUAUCAUAAACAGCUCAGAGGGUUCAUCCUCGGGGACAGUUCACAAACACAGUUCCAGAAGCUGGGCACCACACAGAUCGGAAUCAACUGAGCUCAACAGGCGUUCUUUUGCUGAAUCUCUGAAGGUGUUCCCUACCCAAGGUCACUCAAGCCCACAUGGAAGCAAUCUAAACCUUAGUAAACGGCUAUUUGAAGAGCAGUCAAGUGAUUCAUCUUUGCAUGUUUCCCAUAGUUCAUCAGACAUUAGAAGAAUAUGCAAUGGAAAGCCAUUGAAAGCAACACCUAGUAGUAGCUCUGCUCCACCUCUUCCACCAAAACCCAGUUUUACAGCUUGUAAUACUCUAAAAUCUCCUGAGAAUGACUCUAUGGAGCCAGACAGUGCAGUAGGUCGGAGACCAUCGCUGCACAGGUCUAAAUCAGAUCUAAGUGAUAGAUAUGCCCGCGCCAGUGCUGACGUUGAACGUUUUUUUAACUACUGCGGACUGGAUCCUGAAGAACUUGAAAAUUUUGGUGUGGAGAACUUUACACGCGCAAACUCGGAUAUAAUCUCUCUCAACUUUCGCAGUGCAAGUAUGAUUAGUUCAGACUGUGACCAGUCAAGACACAGUAAUGAUGACUUAACAGAUGAUGAAGACGCUAAUGAGAGAGUGCCAUACGGCAUCUCUGCAGUCGAACGAAAUGCCAGGGUCAUCAAGUGGCUUUACAGCAUUAAGCAAGCUCGAGAAUCGCAAAAAGUGUCUCAUGUGUGAGAAAGGAGCUACAACCUUUUUAGUUUAUGUUUUUGUUUGGUUUCAUUUUAAUUUGUAUUUAGUCUGUGAAUGUUCUGUUUGUGGGAGGUUGUGAAGUCAGUUUAAGUUACACAUUUUUUAAUUGCUUUGCGUUAUGAGUACAGUGUCUAACAGAAACUGCAUGCUUGUCAAGAAGUGAGCUGAGUGAGCUUUUCCCAAAAAAAAAAAAGUUAUAUGGGAAUGGAGACAGCAGUUUUGGCCUACUGUAGGUUUGAAAAUAGGACCAACCAAAUUAAAAAAAUAAAGAAAUGUUAAGAUUACAGCUCCACUAGCUACAACGUUAGGCCAUUUACCAUGACACUUGAGAUGCACAUAAUCAAAGCCAUAUCAGUGUAAUAGCAGUAGCUCAAACAAGAUGUAAUCAGCAGUAAAAUUAACCAGCGCUUGGCAGCACUGUCAGAUGUAUAUAAAGUUGUGGGCUGUGGAAGCAUGUUACAGUCCUAGUAAGUAGAAAACUCAACAACGUAGCUUUCUCAUGUCCAGUCUUGCACAGACCAUGUGGUAAACUCUGUAUCUUAUACUGCCAUCACCAUUUUCUGUCUUCCAUUUCUGUAGCUCUAUCAUCCUCUGCUCUGACUGACAGCGCUUGUGUGGUACUGUACAAUAGAAUGGAAGUCAAGUGAGUGACCUCAUUACAUGUAGUAUUUGUGGUUCACAUACCUUAGAGCACUGUUGAAACAUUUCAUCAGCUGUGGAAAACUAGAUUUUUUUUUACUAUUAUUGUGUAAAUGCUGUAAGGAUUUGUAUAUACUUUGAAGUUGUUACCAAAAUCUGUAAAGCAGAGUCUGUUAUGCUAAUAAAUAGCUCUUGAUGCAAGUC